AUGUCAGAGAGGCAUGUAGUGUUUGUCAUGAUGCCGUCAACGGGUCACGUAAAUCCUUCCCUGCCAAUCGUGGCGGAGAUGGCAUCGCGUGGAGUGAUAGUGACCUACUACGUCCAUGCGCAGUUCCGCAAGGUGGUGGAAGCCACCGGUGCUAACUGGCGCCAAAUGCAAAGGCCCCAUGACUUGACUGAGGAGCAAGCAACAAAGUAUCUACCUGGCCUGGACAAGACUGCGUGCCUCUUCCCGGCCAGUGCGGUGCCCGUGGCCGCUGCAAUUCUCCCAUUCCUGCUAAGUGACAUGGAAAAUCUGCACCCGAGACCGUCGCUGAUUUUGUACGACCCGUUUUUGCCACAGGGCUUGGUUGUUGCCCGGCAUUUGCACAUCCCGUCAGUUAGCCUGCUGACCUACACUGGCCCUGGUGUGGUGAGCUGUCAGGCAUCUGUAAGCUUGCAGUGGGAGACUAAUCCAGCGGUUCAACGAGCAGCACAAGAGAUCGAGCAGAUGUACGGCGUCGACAUCUUUGAGCAUGGCCUCGUCGGCGAGUUCUAUUCGAUGGAGCGAAACACGGUCGCGACGUUCGAACGCUUAUUUGCACCUCCAUCCUCAAGCUUGCAAAACGACCGCCUGUCGAAUGUGCCUUUUCGAUGUGUUGGGCCCAUGAUCGCCUCUGAGGAAGCAAGGAUUUCGCAUGCCUGGGCUUCUGCAGAACAGCUAGACAAGAAGCUUCCGUGGAAUACCAUCGAUGAGGCCAGGCGACAGUCAAAGCACGUCGUCUAUUUAUCAAUGGGUAGCGUGGCAACCUCAUCAUUCUGGGGACGAAAGUUUGGCCCGACUGCAGAAAGCAACGGCUUGCAAGCUUUCAGUGGCAAGGAGUUUGUCCAAUUCGUCCUAAAUUCGGCAUUCGAGGCAUUCAGGCAUGAGGAGGACAUCUUGGUUGUUGCAGCCAUCGGGCCCCAAAUCGAUGCCCUCGAUGGUCUCCCUCCUGCUCCUGACAACUUCAUUCUCCAGGAAGUUGUACCACAGCUGCAGCUGCUUCAAAAGUGUGACGUGUUCAUUACGCAUGGGGGAGCCAACAGUCUCCACGAGGCGCUGGGUUUUGCCUUGCCUUUGGUAGUGGUGCCCAUGUUCGGAGACCAGCCCUUCAAUGCCGAUGCUUUGGCGGACACCGGUGCCGCGGUAUCGUUCAAAUUUCCUAAUGAAACCUUGUCAGCGCCAGCUCUUCGAUUGGCCAUUCGGCAGAUGCUUGACCCUGGGAACUCUUUCCGGCUUGCAGCACGCGAUCUGAACCACGAAAUGGCUCGGAGUGGUGGGGUCGCAAGAGCAGUUGACUUCAUCUUGUUUGGAGAUGAUGCGACUGAUGCGCAUGCGAAAUUCGCAGGGGCUUGA